GCCUGCGCCUGCGCUCUGCACCGCUGCGAGCCCUGGCGCUGGGAAAACGGAGCGGCGGCUGGUGGCGCGGUUCGUAUGGCAACGCAGCGCGAGCUGUAAACACGCGGGCUGCGCGGAGGGAGGCACGCGGCAGGCUCGGAGCCGGGGUUCCUCUGGCGGCCUCGCCGGGCGCUGGGCACGAGGCGCGAUGGGCUGUUCUAGCAGCACCCAGACCGAGGACAGCAACCGGCCGGCUGCAAAACCCAGCGACACCAACGGGCUGCAGAAAUGUGCUACUUCAGAUGAAAACUUUCCAACCACAGAGGAAAAUGAAACUAUACCUGACCAGACAAAGUUAGACCCAAUGGAGGAGGUGGAUCUCACAUCUGAGGAGAUAAACCCUAGUGAGAAUCUUCCAGCAGAGGAGCCAGAAGUUUUGUUUCCAGCACCAGCAGAAUGUGUUAAUUCUAACUAUAAAAGAAUGGAUCUGGACGGCACUCGACCACUGGCUGCAGAACCACUGGAGGACACUGGAUCAGUGGCAGAGGGCACUGGGAUACCGCCGCCUGCGGGACCGGCAGAGGGCACUGGGAUACCGCCGCCUGCGGGACCGGCAGAGGGCACUGGGAUACCGCCGCCUGCGGGACCGGCAGAGGGCACUGGGAUACCGCCGCCUGCGGGACCGGCAGAGGGCACUGGGAUACCGCCGCCUGCGGGACCGGCAGAGGGAAGUGUCAGCCCUGUAACACAAAUCAUCAGGAAAGUACAAAGUAACGAAGAGGACCAACUCAUUGAGGGUGAGACGGGAGAAAAAGUGGAAACUGAGAAGCACAGUGAGCUAGUAAGUGAGGGGACUGAAACAAAAGAAGAAAAAGAAACAGGAGAAGCUGUGGAUGCUACAGCAGCAACAGAGAUAGAGGCAACGAAUAACGAGGAAUGAGAGUCAGGUCUAUUUGGACUUCCUCUUCUUGGUCCUAUCAGCUGUUCAAAUGAACGUUCUUUAAUCUAAUGGCUUUUGGGUGGGAAUAUCAGGAUUUUAAAAAAGCUUUUAUGGACUUCACUACAAGCAUUAACAAGGGGCACCAGCAAAAAAUUAAGUAUUUUUCCUGAAGUCAAGUUGCCAAGACUUCAACAAGUAAUUGAAAUGUAUGAACUUUUUACCUAUCUGCCAUAGAGUGCCUUCUAUCCACUGCUAACAGAGUGGAAGGAAUUGUCAUACAAAACAGUAUAACUGCUCGAUUUUCAUUUAAGAGUUUUACAGGUUAAAAUGAGUAACUUAAAAUCAAUCUGAGGGACACUGUUAUAAUUGGUAUCAACUAACAUUAUACAGGAUGCAAAAGAUAUAGUACUGCAUAUUUUUUCAAUGUUAGUGCUAGGUUGAGAUCAGAAGCAUAGGUCCAGUCCUGAUCUCAAACUGACACAGGUGAGUAGUUUCAAUGAGUGCAUGGACUACUCAUGUUUAUCAAGUUGCUCAAGUUCAUAGAUAUAUACAGGAAUAGGACCUGAAAGCACCCAUUUAACAGGACAUGGCUAGAUGCAACAAUAAGUUUUUCAAGAAGAUAAAGAAUACAUAGGAUGUGACACCCUCUGAUGACUAAUGUCUUUUGGUGACUUUAAAAAAAAAAGAGGGUUACUGAUAGGAUAGCAGUAGAACAUACACUUGGUAACUAUUGCAGCGGAAGAAAGCACACCUAUGGAAGCGCAAAAGGAACUUAGCAAUUGCUAAAACUCAGACGGAUACAAAUUAUUAAUAAAAUUACAUUUAGUCACUGUAUAGUUUCUAAAAUAUAAACUGAGGAAACUCCUUGCUCUCAAAGUAUAUGCAUUCUAGCCACAUUUUCCCGAUAGUGUUAUCUUAAAAAAAAAAAAAAAAAAAAGUAUACUGUGUGGAUUCUUACUUGGUUUACAACAUGCUAAAUAGUUCUCCAGAAGCUGAAUAAUGAAGCCUUUCAACAUAAACUUCCUAUGGAAACAAGCCUUGAAACAGCUGAUUUCAUGGAUGUGAUAGAGCACUGUUUCCCAAACUUGGGCCGAGGGACGUACCAGCCGCUGCUUCCUGCAGCCCCCAUUGGCCUGCAGCAGCGAACCGCGGCCAGUGGGAGCGACGAUCAACCGAACCUGCGGACGUGGCAGGUAAACAAAUCGGCCCGGCCUGCCAGGGGCUUUCCCUGAACGAGUGGCGUCCCAAGUUUGAGAAACACUGUGAUAGAGGAUAAAUCUGUCCUGAUACUGAACAGGAAGAAAGGCACUACUGAUUAUCGCUGGGAUUGUGUUUGCAAAACUCUUUGGCAUAAGAAGUCAGAGGACUGCAGUCAGGAAAGAAAGGUGAAGUUUUUCAGAAUGGGUGAGCACUUAUUGGCUCCAUUUAGGAGGUCUUCACAUAAGUGAUAAAGAUAAACACAAUUUCUAAAAUACUUAAAGACAAAGUCUGCAUUAUAUGUGCACAUCUGACUCCAGUUGGCUUUGGUUUGUGCUAAAUAUUUAGAUUUAUAUCCAUUGCCUUUUAAUUUCUCACUUCAGCUAAUAUUGGUCAUGUUUACUGUGUUAUUUCUUAGUCUUCUAUUUCUUAACGUCCUGUUCAGACUAUUGAAAUUUACUCUGUUUUAAGAUAGGAAACACCACCAAUUUUAGGUUGGAAGAACCCAUUAUCCUUAUUUGCAGCCUACAUGUUGUAUCGAGUCACAGUUAUUUUAUGGGGUUCUAUGUUCUUUGCAAUUCAGUAGAUGAAACAAAUGUAAUCAAUUCCAUUUUCUGCUGAAUAUGCUGCUGUUUUAAAAAUGCUGCAGCUUUUACAAAAUACAGCUAAAAUUCCUAGGACGUGGGUUUUUUUUUCCCCCCUGUAAAAUUUCUGUGGUUGGAUAUUGUUGGAGCCUUUCUCUUCGUUCUCUAAUAUUGGACUAAAAUCAAAUCAAAGCAACGGCCCUUGUUACUUUUUUCUGAUAUCCAGUUCCAAUACUGGCACAGAAUUAUUAAACAUUUAAAAGGGUUUAAAUAUACUAAUCGUAGUUAACAGUAGGCGUUCCAAUCAGCAAGACCAGCAGUAAUAGCAGCAGCAGUGGAGCUGCGUUAGUUUUUUAAAUGUAACUUUAUAACUAAUUAAGGUAACCUAGAGACUGCACAAACAAUCUCAUUACCAUGGCACAAACUGCAUCUCAAUGGCCGCUUCAAAGAAACAAGUGAAAACAUCCAUGUACGUCACACCACACAACUUUUUUGAAAUCAUUUAGCAAUUUUUAAUUGGAAGAAAAAGGAUUCUGAGCCUGCCACUUUCUCAGCAAUACUUGCCUUCCUCAAAGACAGGCACUUCCUUGUGUACCUCAUGAGUACAGCUAGCAUCGAUGUUACUUCAUCCCAGCCAUCCUAAAAGCAGAAGAGCUUUUCUGACUGAAUGUGGAAAACAAUAAACUGUCACAAAAACUAUUUUUACUGUCUAAAUUACUCUAUCGCUACCCUCAGAAUUAAACAAUCGCUAACAUUCCAGUGUUAGUAAUGCAAUAUUCUGUACGAUACCAAUGUAUACACUGUUACCUUACAAGAAUCUUUGCACAACUAAGACCCAGAGGGCCAAAUUAUGUCCUGACAUAUGCCUCUGCAAUCACAGUGAAAUCAAGGGGGUUGCUGAGGACAGAAAUUGGUUCUUGUACCAUGUUAAAGGUUAACAUUCAUAUUUGCAGGUGUGGUAUGUUAACAAGGCCUACCUACAGCGUAAUGCCUGUGUACCUUAAAGGAGAUUUUUUUGUCUAUUCAGUCUGAAAAGCCAUUUUCAGAAACAUUUGUAGAAAGAGCUAGUGUCAGGUCCUAGGAAUUGGUAUAAAAUUGACUCACGCUGGCAGAUGGAUCUAAUGGAUCCUACUAGCUCCAACCAAGGGUUUGUGUAUCAUUUCAUGCCAGAGGGAAUGAGGGUCAGGGACAGGUCACCAAGGGUAACCUUAGGAAUAGCCAUGUUCAUGAGCAAGAUCUGGUAGGAAGAUUGUUCAUUUAGCCUCUUCCUGGGUGUCCUUUAUUGUUAAGUUUGGACCUUAUCCACUGUGUGCGUGCAUGCACAUACCAUGUUAGGAACAAUGUCCCCUGCUUACCCAACUAUUUUGCAGUCUGCUUAGCCAGAUUCCGAUAUUUCAUAUAAUGUCUUUUCAAAUAAAUACGGUAGUUGCUGUUGAUAUCAAGAAGGGUUAGGUGCUCUAAACCAGGGGUUCUCAAACUUCAUUGCACCGCAACCCACUUCUGACAACAAAAAUUACUACACGACCCCAGGAGGGGGGACUGAAGCCUGAGCCUGCCCGAGCCCACUGUCCUGGGUGAAGGGACCAAAGCCCGAACCCCUCCACCCUGGGCAGGGGGUGCAAAGCCGAAGCCUGAAGGCUUCAGCCCCAGGCAGGGGGCCUGUAACCUGAGCCCUGCCACCCAGGGCUGAAGCCCUAAGGCUUGGGCCUCAGGCCGUGGCGCUCAGGCUUCAGCCCCAGGUCCCAGCAAGUCUACGCCAGCCCUGGCGACCCCAUUAAAACAGGGUAAUGAUCCACUUUGGGGUCUCAACCCACAGUUUGAGAACCACUGCUCUAAGCAUAUAGGUGCUCUCAGUUGAGGAUUAGUUGGUAAUUUUGACAAGGAUGGUAGUUUUAUUAAAGUUAGAUGAUGUGUACGGAUUUUUAUUUCUGCUUUGUUCAAUCUCUAGGGAAGUUAACUAUUUGGGGGAAAUAUUAAAGAACACAUUGUAGCAGAAACUUACUUAAAAUUUGUUUUACCUUCAAAUUAAUUUAUUAGAUAAGUAGGCUUGGCAGAAUUUAAUUUUUUUUAAAUAUAAUUUUGACAUUUAUAUUUUUAUUUUUUAAAUUUUCACAGUUGCAGGAAAUUCAGACAAUUAUUUAAUGACAGUAGAUGUUGAGAUUCAAAAAGUUAAAGCUUUAUAAUUGUUAAAACACAAAUUGUCAACAUCACAGGAAAUAUCCUAAAAUCAAACUCUUAAGAAGUUCCCAGUAGCAUUUUUUCUUACUUUGCCCUAUCUGUAAAUGUUCAUUAUCAUUGAUAGAAAUAUUUUCCCUUCAGUUUCUGUGUAUACAGUGAAAUUGACCUUUACUGACAUUCACCAAUAAAAAUGGAAUCCUCCCAAGCCUACAGAUCUAUCACAUUUAAGCACUUUAAAAAAAAAAAUGUACCUAGUGUUAAAAUGGUAAAUGAUGUGUAAUAACUGCAUAUCUCAAACUGAAUUGUUAAUAUUAUGCAUGUUAUGGCAUCCAUACCAGCAAAGCCCUUCUGUAAGUGCUCAACUUUAAGCACAUUAAUAAUAAUCCCAUUGAAAUCAAUAUGACUACUCCUGUGUUUAUGUACUUUGCUGGAUUAACGCCUAAAAUGACAUAUGCGUAUGAUACCCAUUUUUCAUAUUGAAGAAGUUUGGAUUAAAACAUAAUAGAAGUGUUCAUGCUCUUUUUGCCUUCUUUAAAAAUAAAAUGAGGUAAUGUUAAGUAUAUUGUAAUUUAAUUUUAAAAAUAAAAUGUUUAAACACA